AUGUUUUGUACCGGUGUGGGAAUCGUCACGGUAUUUCUCGCCUACAUUAACAUAUUGUACUUCGAUCGGUACCGGGGAAUAGCUUGCGGCAUCAAGUUCGCCGGCGUAUAUUUGGCAUCACUCAUUUUCCCGCCGGCACUCGUGUAUUUCGAGGAAGCGUAUGGCUUUCGCGGCGCUCUACUUCUGACCGGAGCCAUCACAAUGCACGUGACCGCUUUUUCUCUCCUGCUAAACGUGCCCCAAUGGAUAAGACAAAAUUCGGAAGUCCGACAGUGCAUCAAGCCUCCAGAGUACUUCACUAUGAGCACAACUCAUCUCUCACAGGAUGGUUCUCCAAACAAAAAUCCCUCUGGAAAGAACAUUUCUAAAUACGCCGAGAGUAUCCGAGAGUCCGUCAGACUACUUCGCAUGCCAUUCUGUUAUUCAAUUCUUGCAUAUACCGUCAUAUCGGAUUUCGCAGCCAUGGCAUUUCAGUCAACAAUUGUCGACUAUUCAUUAGAUAAAGGCUUCACUCUGGAAACUGCCGAGUCUAUAGUUUCGUAUUCAUCGGUUUCCCAACUGGUGGGAUGUUUAAUUGUCCCGCUUCUGGCUGACCUUAGAUUCAUGAACCGAAGCACACUAAUCGUCGUCAAUCUCUUUGUUUUCGGCUGCUCGCUCUUAAUCCUUCCAGAAGUUGAAAAGUAUGCGUAUGUAGUCGUUUUUUGCUUUUGCGUAGCAAUGUCCUCAGCAUUCCUCACAGCCAUAAAGGCUGCCAUUAUCACUGACCACCUUGGAGCGGAUGCAAUCCCCUUUAGUUGUGCAUUGCUGGGACCGUCCACGCUGCCCUUAUUCUUGUGCAACCCUACAAUAAUAGGUGUUUUCAGAGAUUCCAAGGGAUCAUACGACAACUACUAUCGGCUGCACGGAGGACUUCAAAUUUUCGCUGGAUUUAUAUUUGCGACCGUUUGCUGCUGUGAUAGGAAGAGUAGAAAGUUAUAG